UAUUGAAGAUCUAAUCUGCUUGUCAAUUAUGCUACUCAAAGAUCAUUUGAAUAUAUUCAGGGAAAAAUGUUUCGUUUGGAGGAGAGAAAAAUGGUAUUUCCCCCACCUGCAUAUGUUCACUGUUUUUAAAGUUGUGAUGAUAUUUUUUUUCUUACGUAUAUCGAAAGCAACACAGUUCAAGAUUCCUUUUACUUUCAACUUAAAUAUAGAACACGAUGUCAUUUAUUUCCCAUGUUUUAUUAUAACGUUUGGAUCCACGAGAAAAGAACUCGAAGAGUUGCACAAAUUCAUGCUGGAAAAUUUCGAAGACUAUGAAUCCAGAGGAGAAGAAGUGUAUCAAAGAUUAUUGAAGCUAACAGGAUACCUGAAGUGGCUAACGUAUACCAAUGACAUCUUGGCUUCUAUAUUUAUGGCAGCUCUCAUAUUCUCAGAGAGUCAACAAAAUUCGUUUUUGUACAUAUUUGUGUUGGUCCAGGGUUUUCAACAGAAUCCCAUAUUAUAUUGGUCACUUAUUAUUUCUUACUAUUUAUUUGCCUUCUACAACCUCAGAAUAGGUUUCAGUUCUCUCUACCUCUUCUUUUAUCUGAUGCUUCAUUAUAUCCUUCAGUUUAUUCUACUAAGAGAAGGUGCAAAGGCUCUGCAGAACUAUUCUGGAAAUGAUCAAGCAUGUCAACUAAAAGUGAAAAUUGAACUGAAAAGGCUCGCCCAGCAUUCCCAAACUCUUACCAGGUUUCAUAACAAAGUAAUGCAUGUUUUACGCAUACCUUCGCUGGUAGUACUAUGCAUGUUAGUUAUCUGCGUCACUGGUGGUUACUUCACGACUUUUUUUGUGAGUAAAUUUUCAUUCUGA